AUGGGUGACGCGUUCCGGAGGGCGGAGUCGGGCACUCAGCUACUUGCACGACUUGAGGGCAGAAGUUCUCUGAAGAAUCUUGAACCUUACCUGUUUGCUGAGGAAGGAUCUCCUGUUCAUGGAGAUGUCAUUGAAUUCCAUGGUCCAGAAGGAACAGGAAAAACAGAAAUGCUUUAUCACCUAAUAGCCCGCUGCAUCAUUCCAAAAGCAGGAGGAGGACUGGAAGUAGAAGUCAUGUUCAUUGAUACAGACUACCAUUUUGAUAUGCUUCGUCUAGUUACAAUUCUUGAGAACAGAUUGGUGCAAAGGACGGAAGAAAUGAUAAAGCAGUGCCUGGGAAGGCUUUUUCUUGUCAACUGCAAUAGCAGCACUCAGUUACUCCUCACUCUCUACUCUUUAGAAAACAUGUUUUGCAGUCACCCCUCUCUCUGCCUUUUGAUUUUAGAUAGCAUAUCAGCUUUUUAUUGGAUAGACAGAAGCAAUGGAGGGGAGAGUCUUAACUUGCAGGAGAUGAAUCUGAAGAAAUGUGCUAACUUUCUUGAAAAGCUUGUGAGAGAGCAUCACUUAGCCCUCUUUGCAACAACACAGACACUUAUGCAGAAGUCUACAAACUCUGCAGAAAGCUUUUUUCCUUUAAAACUUCAGCAUGAAACUGAUGCAGACUAUAGACCUUAUCUUUGUAAAUCAUGGCAACAAAUGGUAACCCACAGGAUAUUUUUCUCUAAGCAAUGUCAUUCUGGCAACAGCAAAGGUUUUACAGUCAUUUCUUGCCACCUCAAAAGAAACCAUGUAGUAAAACGUUCAUUUAGUGUUGCAGAAUGUGGAGUUCAGUUUUAACUUCAGUUUGUUUUUUAAAUGUGUAGCAAAUCCUGGUGCUUCAGGCCUGAUGAGGUCUAAGUAGUUUUUAGUACCUUUUAAACUAGUUGGUUGUUGCUGGGCGAUUAAGAAUUUUUGUCAGCAUUUUCUUAAAAUCUAGUGAAGGGCAGGAAAUGGGAAAAUUUUUGAAUUACUGGAGACAUUCAGUCCAAACUAGUGAGGAGUGUUGAAAUUACUUGUUUGUGCUUCAUGCAUAAAGAGAUUAAAUCAAGAAAAUUAUAA